AUGUCUAGUAUCACGACAACCAAGACUGACACACGCUCUUCAGCGCUCAACAAAAAGCACAACGGCGAUGGGGAGGUGAAAAGGCUACACCACAUUCCUCGGCCCACAACCAAAGAAGCAGAGAGAAAAUGGCUUCUUGGGCAAAUGGCAGCUGCCUUUCGGAUAUUUGCAAAGUUGGGGUUUGCCGGUGGGAGUAGCGGCCACAUCAGUCUUCGAGACCCUAUUGAACCUCAAACAUUUUGGCUCAAUCCAUACGGUGUUCAUUUUGCAACACUCAAGGUGUCAGAUAUGGUUCAAGUGGAUGAGCAAGGAAAUCGAGUCGGAGGAGCAGAUAAGCCAGUUAAUGCUGCUGGGUUUCUGAUUCAUUCUGCGAUCCAUCAGAAAUGGCCCGAUAUCCACGCGGCAUGCCAUAUGCAUAGCCCAUAUGGCAGGGCCUGGAGCGCAUUCGGGAAGGCAAUCGACAUGCUAAAUCAAGACUCAUGCAUGUUUUACAAUGACCUGUCUGUGUAUCCGGCAUUUGGGGGCGUAGUAUUUGCCCAGGAAGAGGGUCAAAGAAUCGCAAAAUACCUCCGGUCGAAGAAUAAGAACUUGAUCAUGCAAAACCAUGGCCUUCUCACCGCUGGUGAAACGACUCAGCUUCUGGUGGAGGCAUCUACUGCACCGGGAAGCGUGGGAAGCGUUCUGGGGAAUUUGCAAAAGACUAUCGUCGAUGAUGAGACUGCGUCAUAUACUAAAAAGGGAACAGGUAGCCCCGAGGCUAUGUACAUGCAGUUCGAGCCUGAGUACCAACUGCUACUGAAAGAAACCCAAGGCGAGUUUCUGGAGUGA